CGAGAAAUGUAGUCUGGUUUGUGUUCCGGGGCUAUAGUGUGCCUGAACUAUUACACCAUCCCCCACUCCAAGGUGGUGCACCAAGCAUCGCUCCAUCCAACCACGCACUACCUGGCAUCCAAGCUUCGACAAGAAUGGCGCGCAUCUUUAUCACAGGCUCCUCGGACGGCCUUGGCUCUAUCGUCGCGCAGCGUCUUGUCGCAAUUGGGCAUUCCGUAGUUUUGCACGCGCGCAACGCUCAACGCGCAAAAGACGCGACCGCCGCAUGUCCAGGCGCAGAGGCUGUCGUGACCGGCGACCUCUCCAGCAUAUCCGAGACCAAGAGCAUAGCUGAUCAGGUUAAUAAACUUGGCCUUUUCGACUGCGUUAUCCAUAACGCUGGCUUGUUCCAUGGUGGCUUCCGGAAGACCAGCGAUGGCAUACCUGCUCUCGCAGCUGUUAAUACCCUCGCGCCGUUCAUACUCACAGCACUCAUUACUCGUCCCAAGCGCUUGAUCUUUGUCUCGUCGGAAAUGCACCAAAGUGGCUCCACUAGCAUGGAUGAUGUUUUCUGGGCUCGACGGGGUGAGAGCGAAUGGAGCGAGAACGCAGCCUAUUGCGCAAGCAAGCUGCACAACGUCAUAUUCGCGAAGGCGUUCGCAAGGCGAUGGCCAGACGUCAGGAGCAACGCAUUGGAUCCAGGCUGGGUACCGACAAAUAUGGGCGGCAGUUCUGCGAUGGGGAGCAUAGACGCAGCCGCGGAGACUUAUGUCAUGCUCGCAGAAGGGGAAGAGGCGGACGCCAAGAAGAGUGGAAGGUAUUAUAGACCGGGAAAGAAGGAGGAGAAGCCCCAAGAGGCGACGGAUGAUGAAGAGAAACAAGACCGGCUGCUGGAAAUUUGCGCCAAGUUUGCCGGACUCGAUGUACCCUCAUGAUGUAGGUCCCGCCGUGUAGUAUCCGCUUAUAAGCGAUGAAUAUUGUUCCAUUUCGAUUUGUGUAUCCUGGUGAACAGGCUCCCAGUUGUAUUUUUCGUGUACGAAUGUUUUCUACUCAGGGCGGCCUACACAGCUCGGAUGUCUUCUCGCUACAGCGCCACCCUCAAUGGAACGAGAUUUGGUCAAUCUCGAUAUAUUGUGACGUUGCUAUUCUGGUUCACACUCACUGACUUCUAGUUCCCGCGCCGUUACCACCUGACAAUUUCGUAUACCCGGAAUGCCGUCGCAGCACAAACGCACAACCAUCGGCUAAAUAUACACUACGAACUUCGCAUUACCGGUAAUGGGAUCCUGG